AUGGUUCGAUUAACCCCAGCCUUGACCCUAGGGGCCCGCAGUCUACGGACGCGCCCAGCACCUCGUCUCCGCCAAUUUGGAACAUCCGCCCCCAAAUCCAAAGAGAAUGCCUCGUUCAAAAGCCAACUCUACGAAAGCACCCAGCAACGACUGAAGCGCGAGCGCGCGGAGCAGGAGAAGUUCGCUCAGCUGCAAACGCAAUCCCCGGCCGGACGCAACGCAGCCCUUAUCUUCGCCCUCGUGUUCUUCUCCACGGGCGCCUACUACCUGGGAUCUCUCAAGCCCGCCGCCCUCCCCUCGGCCUCGACAACACCGCUGUCCGACGUUGAUCCACUGAAGCACAACGUCUCCCAGUCGAAUCUGCAAGCCGCGUGGGCGGAUUUCGUCGCAAUCCUCGGCGCAGACCAUGUAUCCACGGCAGCUGGCGACCUGGAGUCGCAUUCCGGCUCGGAUUGGUCUUCCUACUCCGCCAAGGCUGACGAGAAACCCUUCCUGAUCCUGUACCCCUCAACUACGGAGGAGGUGUCACAGAUUAUGAAAGUUUGUCAUCAGCGUGUGAUCCCCGUGACGCCGUAUUCCGGCGGAACCAGUCUGGAGGGCCACUUUGCGUCGACGAGAGGUGGAGUGUGUAUUGAUUUCCGGCGCAUGGACAAGAUCCUGCAGUUGCAUAAGCGGGACUUGGACGUUGUGGUACAGCCCGCGCUUGGGUGGGAGGAGUUGAAUGAGGUUAUUGGCCAGGAUGGACUAUUCUUCCCGCCUGAUCCUGGCCCUGGCGCGAUGAUCGGCGGAAUGGUUGGCACGGGAUGCUCCGGGACGAAUGCGUACCGCUAUGGAACUAUGCGCGAGUGGGUGCUGUCGCUCACGGUUGUUCUUGCUGAUGGAACCGUGAUCAAGACUCGACAGCGCCCACGCAAGUCCAGUGCUGGGUACGAUCUCACUAAGCUGUUUAUUGGCAGCGAGGGAACCCUUGGUCUGGUGACUGAGGCGACUCUGAAGUUGACGGUCAAGCCCCAGAGCCAGAAUGUGGCUGUUGCCAGCUUCGGUACCAUUUCCAACGCCGCGGAAUGUGUGACAAACGUCGUUGAGGCUGGUAUUCCUGUCGCUGGUGUUGAGAUUCUGGAUGAUAUUCAGAUGAAGUGCAUCAACGCCAGUAAGACAACUAGUCGCCAGUGGAAGGAGUCCCCUACUCUGUUCUUCAAGUUCACUGGUACCCAGGCUGCGGUGAAGGAGCAGAUCAGCAUGGUGCAGAAGAUUGUCUCUGGUACCUCUGGCAAAUCAUUCGAGUUUGCCCGGGGCGAGGAGGAGAUGACUGAGCUCUGGAGUGCCCGCAAGCAGGCGCUGUGGAGUGUCAUGGCUAUGAAGAGGACACCCGAUGACCAUGUCUGGACAACUGACGUCGCGGUGCCGAUGAGCAAACUUCCUGAUAUCAUGGAGGCCACCAAGGACGACAUGACUAAGAAUGGAUUGUUGGCUGGUAUCUGUGGCCAUGUCGGUGAUGGAAACUUCCACGCGAUCAUCUUGUUCAAUGAAAACGAGAAGAAGAAGGCCGAAGGCGUUGUGCACCGAAUGGUGAAACGCGCAGUGGAGAUGGAAGGCACCGUCACCGGUGAGCACGGUGUUGGUCUUGUCAAGCGAGACUACCUCGAGCAUGAGUUGGGUGAAUCUACAGUCGAUGCUAUGCGCCGGCUGAAACUGGCUCUCGAUCCCCUGCGACUGCUCAACUGCGACAAGGUUGUCCGCACCGAGCAGCCUGCCGCCGGAGAAGUCAAGGAAUGGUAG